AUGGACCUGAAGGCGUCGAACGUGCACGCGGGCGGGUCCGUGGAGCGCGCGGCCAUCGAGGAGUGGUCCUUCGACGAGCAGUACCACACGUUCCAGAGCUUCGGGUACGCGCAGGACGCCGCGGGCGGGCAAAAGCUCGUCGGCGACGGCGCCGCGGCCGACGCGCCGCGGCCGCGCGCGAAGCGGAAGCGCGGCGGCGACGCGCCCCUGGGCACGGAGGACGAGCACGGCGUCUGGGCGCCCGAGCCCGAGCACAUCGACGAGGACGCGCCGGAGGACCUCGCCGCGCGCAAGGCGGAGAUCGCGGAGGCCGUCGCGAAACCCAAGUCCGCGACGCGCGCCUACGACCAGAACGAGGACUUCGACCGGCGCGACGAGCGGAAGAUCUCGCAUUUGCUGCCGGCGCGCCACGACCGCGACACGACGGCCAUCGAGGCGAAGCACGCGUUCCACGGCGACGCGAUGCGGGACUACCAGGGCCGGAGCUGGACGCGCCCCAACCUCGGCGAGCUCCGGCCCAAGGUCGACGACGACCACGACUGCUUCAUCCCGAAGCGCUGCGUCCACAAGUUCACGGGCCACGGCAAGGGCGUCCAGUGCAUCAAGCUCCACCCCACGUACGGCCACUUGAUGCUGUCGGCGUCGAUGGACGGGUCCGCGAAGAUCUGGGACGUCUACAACGACCGGCGCUGCCUCAUGACCUACGCGGGCCACGCCGAGGCCGUGCGCGACGCGACCUUCAGCCACGACGGCAGCACCUUCGCGACCUGCGGCUUCGACCGCUUCACGCGCGUCUGGGACACGGAGACGGGCGCGGCGCUCCACACGUUGACGCCGAACCGGAAGAUGUGCUACUGCGUCGACUUCUACCCGCGCGACGACAAGAUCCUCCUCGCGGGCGCUUCCGACAACCGCAUCUACCAGUGGGACCUGCGGGCCAACGAGGAGAUCGUCCAGGAGUACAACCACCACCUCCAGCCCGUGAACUCGAUCACGUUCAUCGACGACGACCGCCGCUUCGUGUCCACGGCCGACGACAAGAAGAUCUUCAUCUGGGAGCACAACAUCCCCGUGCCCAUGAAGUACAUCUCCGAGCCCCACAUGAACGCCGUGCCCGUCGUCGAGCUCCACCCGUCGACGAACUUCUGGUGCGGCCAGUCGCUCGACAACACGAUCGUCACCUACGGCGCGCGCGACAAGCUCAAGCAGAUGCGCAAGAAGACCUUCAAGGGCCACCUCAACUCGGGCUACUCCUGCGGCAUCACCUUCAGCCCCAACGGCAAGUUCAUCGCCUCGGGCGACGGCGAGGGCAAGCUCUUCUUCUGGGACUUCAAGACGACGCGCGUCUACCGCAAGCUCCAGGCCCACGACAGCGGGCCCUGCAUCGGCUGCGCCUGGCACCCGCUCGAGCCCUCCUGGGUCUUCACCUGCGGCUGGGACGGCCUCAUUAAGCUCUGGGACUAG